UUUGGAAUUGAUAUAAAAGAAAAUGAUCCUACAAGCAGGUCUUAUGUCUUCGUCAACUCACUGAACCUCACCUAUGAAGACACGCUGAGUGACAAUGACAGACUGCCUAGAAAUGCCUUCCUGAUAGUUAUUCUGGGUAUAAUAUUCAUAGAGGGGAACUGUACCUCUGAAGAAAGAAUCUGGGAAUUCUUGGAAACAAUAGGAGUGCGUGAUGGGGAGGAGCACUUCAUUUGUGGGGAGCCUAGAGAGUUUCUGACCAGAGAUCUAGUAGAGCAAAACUACCUAGAGUACCGGCAGGUGCCUAACAGUCAUCCCCCAAGCUUCGAGUUCCUGUGGGGUUCAAGAGCCCAUGCUGAAACUACCAAGAUGAGAAUUCUAGAAUUCUUGGCAAAAAUCAAUGGGUGUGAGCCAUCCUCUUUUUCAUACUGGUAUGAGGAGGCUUUGAGAGAUGAGGAAGAGAGGGCCUGGGCCAUCAAUAGCUCCAUGAACGGGAGUCCAAACACGAAUGUAGAACGUUGA